GCAUCAUGACAAAAACAAGUGCGUUAUCGAUAACAGAUCUUGAUGCCAUCAGACAGGCUUCAGGCGAACCUUGUCCAGUUUUUCGAUGCCUCGCGCGUUGCGUCCCAGGAAAUCUCAGCCUAAUUACGCGGCACUUUUGGAUCUCGGAGAAGAUGAAACGGAAGCGGGGCCGUCCCGUCGAGCCGUGGUCGAAGAUGUGGACAGCGGCAGCGAUUUCGCCCCCGAGAACGCUCCUACUGGAGACGACCCUGGCGGAGCGGAGGAGGCAUACGACUCUGCCGAUGACGAGCCUAUGGACGCGGACGAAGAAGAAGCGGAACUCGAGGAGCUCGGCGACGCGUCGUCCAAGGUGAAGUCCCGCGCGAGAAUUCAAGCGACCCAGACAGCCCGGACAAAACGCGACUCGGUCAAUCAACCCCGCGUGGGUGCCGGGAAGGGCGUGCUCCUCCCAUCUCUGGGGGGUGGCUCGGGAAUUGCGCGGACUUCGAAACGCCAGAUCUUCGCCGUGCCGACGCCCACCGUGAACCAGAGACACCGCGCGGUCCCACUGUUCUCGCGCAUCGGACGCGUUGAACGACUUACUCAGAAGCCAGAUCUGUUCGGCCCGUCGCAUACGACCUCCACGAACAACUUCACGCAGAGCGCUGCUGUGACGAAGCGCAUCCACAAAGGCCUCGCGCUGAACGUCGGGGCGGGUCCCAUCUGGCAGUUGAUCGAAGACCGCGGGUGGUACAAAGAAGAGGUGAUCGGAGACGGCGAGUUUCAAGUGGAUGCUCAACGUAGGCCCGUGAUGCACCGGGACAUACGCGUGAAAACUGGGCUCAGCAUUCUCACUCGAGAAGAAGUGGAACUGUUCCUGCCAACGGACACUGUGACUACGGUCGACGGGAAACUAAAACCACCACCACCCAUUUCUUGUCUCAUGGGGCCUUUCGGGAAGCAAGUUCCGGUCCAGAUUGACAUGUUUCAGAGUCGCAAUAAUUCUGAGUGGUUUCCGGAAAGCAAAUCUCACAUCUUCAAUCCCGGAGCUCCAGCAUGGGGGCUCGACUGGUGUCCAAUACACUCAGAUGACCGGGCUGCUCGUGACUACACCCAAUAUCUCGCCGUCGCACCGUUUCCUACGCGUCUACACUCACCCGACAUCGGAGUCAAAGCAGUACAUCCAAGCCCAGCUUGCAUCCAGAUCUGGACACUCAGUCCCACGCACCCAGACCGGCCAACGUCUGAGGAUGCGGGCGAGCUGCGUUGUGCAAUGGUGCUGUGUGUUGACUGCGGACCGGCACACGAACUCAAAUGGUGUCCUCUUCCAUCGCAUGAUUCUGCUCUCGACAAAGAUCAAGCCACACCGCGCAAACUAGGUCUUUUAGGCGGGACAUUUGAAGAUGGCUCCUUCUGUGUUUUUGUCGUGCCUGACCCGGCAGAUGUGACACCGGUAGGACACGAUCUGUCGGCACCUGUGUUCGUCAGACUACCGGAGCCCAUCAUCCGUAUCGACCUCGAGGAGACGUCUUGCUUCACUUUCGACUGGGCCAAUUCCGAAUUGAUUGCAAUCGGGACCACUCAUGGCACGCUAGCAGUGUUCCAUCUGGGGCAGGUGCUCAAGAACUGUGCUGGCUCGAACCCUGCUUUGGCUCAGCGGGUGCUCCCUUCACAUUACCUGACGAUACACCAGUCUGCGAUCCGGGCACUCACCUGGAUCCGGGCGCCACCAAGUCUUGCUACCGGGGAGCCUCGCACCGACGGUGACCCGACGGUCAUUGCCACGGGCGGAUACGAUGGGCUGGAGUGCCUGACGGACAUCCGGGAUGGCCACGGCUCGAUCAUGAAUCGCACAAGAGACGUCGUGAACUGCAUGACUUACUCUGCUUUUGCCUCUGGCCCUAUCACAAUCGAUCACGAAAAUAUCAUCAAAGCGUAUUCCGUGUCGCCCAGUUUGCUUGGACGUGGGCAUACGCUCAUUGAGCCAGAAGGGCCGAGCGUUCAUGCUUCCGACUUCCAUCCUCAGCUGGCCAUUGGCUCGGCGGACGGUGUCUGCAGCACAACAAAUAUGCUGAGAUCGAACAGGCGCAGUGGCUCUGUGCCCUUUUUUGUGCACAAGAUCUACCAGUUAGACUACAACCGGAAGACCGAAGAGUUCAGAAUGCUCGAGCACUUCCUCCCAUUGGAAGCGCAAGACAGACCGACUCAGACCAAAAUGAAGACAGAGAAGGCCGCCGCCAAGCAGAACAACCUAAUCACGCCCGUGGGCACAGGGGUGUGGCCCAGAGAAGUUGGUGUCCACAAAGUGGUGUGGAAUUCUGGAAACGGGCUGGGCUCUGCUCCCCUCCUUGCCUCCGCCACUGGGUGCGGCCUCUGUCGGAUAGAUGUCGUGUGGGGACGGUGGCUCAACGACAACACUCCCUAUUACUCUGUUGCCGAUCUCAGGCUGGACGGGAACCGGGCGGCCAUGGAUGCUGAUUCGGACGAUUCGGAGUAG